UCUUAAAAUUUUACAUGCCAUUAGCUAUACACUAUAACUAUUUACUCCCUUUUAUAUUUAAAAAUAAUUAAUUUAUAUUUUAUACAUAACUAUUUACUCCCUUUUAUAUAUUAAUUUAAAUAAAAACAUUUCAGUUAUUAAAAUGCCGGGUAGAUGCUGUGUACCAUUAUGUAAGGGAAACUACCCAACAGGACCAAAAGUGUCUGUAUUCUCCUUUCCUAAAAAUGAAGAUUUGAAGAGAGAGUGGCUUUCUGCAAUCCAACGGAAAGACUUUUCACCCAAAAAGAGUUCAAAGGUUUGUGAAUUGCAUUUCAAGGAAAGUGAUUUUAAAGUUGAAGCUUCAACAUUUGAUUCUAAGAAUGGAAUUUUAAUUUCUGCUCCACUUCAGGUGCGUAGAUUAAAAGAAAAUACAGUGCCAUCAAUAUUUAAGGACUAUCCAUCUGUAUACAGUUCAAAAAGUAGCACCAUUGUACGAGAAGAUCCUGAUGCAAAAAAAAACUGCCCGCGAGUGCCAUAAUUUACAGAAAGCAUUGCGUGAAAGCCUUAAAGAAUAUGAAAUGUAUAAUAAUGAUUUGAAAAUUAAUUGUUCUAAUGAUAUUUUGUCAUGUAUUGAUCGCUAUGGAAUAUCAGCAUUUUGGCAUGUAUACACAGUUCCAGAUACCUCAACUGUUUGCUUUAUUCAUAUUGUUUUUAGUCCUGGGCCAUCAAUUGAUUAUUCUGUAGUUGUGAAUGACAAUCAAGAAAUGUCUGUAUUUAUUAAAGAAAAAUCUAUUAUGCAAUUAUCUCCUUACACAUUCCCACAUAAAGUUACAAAUUUUAAUGAAAUUAGGACUGUUUUAGAUAAAUUGGCUAAUCUUCAAACCAAAGAGUUAAAUUCAAAAUUAACCAUAACAAUUGAUAUAAUUAAUGAAUUACUGCAAACUAUCUCUAACGACAAAAAUGAGAGCAUUAUUAAAUUUUUGCAAGACCAGAUGAAUCUUUUACUUUGCCCUAAAAAUAAUUUUAGAUACAAUCCUGAUGUACUAGUGUUAGCAUGCUUGUUAAAUACUAUAUCACCACAUGCAUAUAAAUUUUUAAGGGAUAGUGGCAGUAUUAUUAUGCCUCAUCCUUCGACUUUAAAAAAAAAAUUUGUAGCAAUUUAGUAUUGUCACCAUGUAAUGAAACUAUUGAUGAAAAUUUUUUAAAAUAUAUAAAAAAUCGUGUAACUUUCCUUGAGGAUCGAGAAAGAAAAGUGAUUCUUUUGGUAGAUGAAAUUUAUGUUCAGCCAUAUUUUGAUUACAAAGGAGGCUCUGUCGUUGGGGCUGCAUUUGAUUCUUCCAGUCCGGCAACCAGUGCAUUUGCUUUUAUGAUAUCCAGUUUGGAAUCUUCAUUCAAAGAGGUAGUACAUAUUAUGCCUGUUAACACAAUAAAUUUUGAAACAUUACAUUAUGUAAUUAAAAAAGUGAUUAGAGGUCUUGAAAAUAUGGGAAUUAUUGUUAUUUGUGUUAUUACAGACAACAAUGCAAUAAAUAGAAAAGCCAUGAGUUUGUUUUCAAAUCCACCACGUAAUUCAUUUGUUUACAAACAUCCAAUGAAUGGGAAUAGGCCUCUUUUCUACAUAAUAGAUGCAGUUCAUUUAUUUAAAAAUAUAAGGAACAAUUGGCUGAACCAGAAAAAUCCUGGUACAUGUAUGUUUUUUCCAAAUAUUGAAGAUCUUUCAAAGAAGCACUUCAAAACUGCUUCGUUUAUGUCUUUGAGAAAGCUACAUGAAAUUGAAAAUGACCAACUGAUUACAUUUUCUAAUGGUUUAACUCUAAAAAGUCUUUCACCUUCUAAUUUAGAGAAACAAAACAUUAAACUGGUUCUUAAGAUUUUCAAUAAAUUUACUAUUGAAGGUCUGAUUCAUUUGGGUCCUUUGCAUGAAAUACCACACUAUUCAGAUACAUCUGAGUUUAUAUCCAUAAUAUGCAAAUGGUGGGAUAUUAUGAAUGUUAAAACUAUGUUUAAAGGUAUACAUCAAAAGAGUGAAUUUAUGAAGCCAUUAACAGCAGAUGAUUCUGAUCCAAAAGUUAUUUUCCUCAAUCAGUUUCUUAACUGGUUAGAUGCAUGGGAAUCAAUGAAAUGUUCAACAGGCAUGCUUACAAAAGAAACUCAUGCAGCUCUCAAACAAACUACUUAUGGUAUACUGGAGUUGACUAGAUAUUGUGUUGAAGAGCUUGGAAUGAAAUAUAUACUUCCAGGAAAAAUUCAGACUGAUGCUCUUGAAGCCCGGUUUGGUAAAUACAGACAACUUUCUGGUUCUCAGUAUCAUAUUUCAAUGAGACAGUUAUUAGAAUGUGAAAAAAAAUUAAGAAUACAAUCAAGUAUUAAGUUAGAAUUGAUUAUUAAAAAUACUACUGUCCCUUUAACAUCAUUUGAAUAUGAUGAUAAUCUUCAUGAUAUUAUAGAAUUAGAUAAUACAGUAUAUUACCCAUCAUUAAAUAUUACGGAGAGUGAUGUGAAGGGCAUUAGUAGCCAUCUGCCAGUUCUGACUUAUUUGGGUGGUUACUGUUGUCAUGCAGUUUUAAAGAAAGUGAAAUGCUGUACCUGCAAACAAAACAUUACAAUAAAUUCCACAGUUAAUCAUGAUCAAACGUAUGAUCUUAUAAAGAAUCUUGAUCGUGGUGGACUCAGGUGGCCAAAACCAUUUAUUGUAAAUAUAAUUAUGUAUAAUUAUUUAAUUGUAAAUAAGCUGUGUAGUGAAGAAUAUGAAGAUUUUUUGUUGGAACAAAAUCAGAGGAAAAUUGUUGCAAAUUUGACUUUUAAAAUUUUAGAAUUAAAAGAAAUGCUCUUUGAUGAUAUUAUUUGUGAUAAUGGUCAUACAAGUGAAAGUAUAAGCAAACUGAUAAUUUGGAUAUCAACAAAUAUCAUGCUCAAGAAUCUUUGCAAUAGGAAAAAUGACGAUAUUAAGUCCAAUAAAGAAAACUUCAAACACUUGGGGGGGGGCAAAACAUUGAUGCUGUCUUUAAAAGUAUUCAUAACGAAGAAAGGAGUGUUUUUUAUCAUGAAAUGGCUCUCAGGUGUAAAAAUGCAUAGGAUAUAUCUUAGUUUAUUGAAGUUAAGAAUUGGUGCUUUGUGGACUAAAAAAUAUGUGCAAUAUCCAUUGUCACACCACUCUGUUCAAGAAUAUCGAUCAGUCCUGAAUGAUAAAGAAAAUGAUUAA